AUGGGCACGCUCGAGUCGCACAGUCCCUUCCGCGAUAUGGACACCAAACCCAACCUGGCCAACUGCGAGCACGAACGACCAGCAGGCCUGUCUGCGUUCUCGAGCCUGUUGCAGCGCUUUCGGCACGCCACCGCCACCAGCACUGGCAGUCGCGACCAACGCGACUGGAUGUCAAAAGUGCCACCGGCAUCUGCUUCGCCGCCGCGGCCGCGCUCAGCCGCGAGGGAGCCCACAGCAGCCUCACCCGUAGCAUCCACUUCCAGUUCCAGGAUCCUAGUUCCUAUCAAAGCACCUGUGGCACCCACACGCAGUCAGAGUCGUCGGCCUCGGCGCCCGAGUCGCAGCUCCACAUCCCGAUCCCAGCCGGCCAUUACGAGUCCGAGCACACGACCAUCGACGACUACAUCACUUCGUCCCGGUCCAAGAGCAUCUCUUCUUUCAAGUCCCCACUUUGAAUCCUCUCCCAGCGACCCUUCCUCGGAAAGCUCACUCUCGGACCUCGAUGACGAGCACGACAUCUGCUACGGCUCCUCCUCCGACGACGACAACUUUGCCCUCUCUUCGCGGACCUCGUCUCGUCUCGUCGAAAAGCGCAAGAAACGCAAACGUUCUACAUCAUCCAAGCCGGCUUUGCCAUCGAGUCCGCCGAAGAAACUGGCGACAACACCCGCGCUGAAAUACGCUGAUCCUUCCGUUUAUGCCGACUUGGACCCUUUGACCGACUACCUCGUCCCCGGGCUAGACCUGGUCAUGUGCGGCAUCAAUCCUGGAUGUCAGAGUGCGAGAAAUGGGCACCACUGUGCGUAUCUACAUCUCAUGGCAGCUUGCUCUUCAACAAGGAACUCGUCCGACUCGUUUCAUCUCCCGCCUCCAGAUGCCCACCCCUCCAACCAUUUCUAUAAAUGCCUGCACCAAUCCGGCCUCACGCCCCGCCGAGUCGACCCUUCUGCCUGUCGGAAGCUCAUCAAGAAAUGCUCCAUCGGAUUAACGAAUCUCGUCGAACGACCAACACGCCAAGAGACCGAAUUGAAAAAGGAUGAGAAGCGAGCCGGGUGCGCGAGCCUUCUCGUCAAGAUCGAGAAGAAUCGACCUCAUUUCGUCGCCUUUGCUGGACUGGACGUCGGCAGGGUCUUCAGGGAUUAUCUGGUGGCGCAUGAGGGGGCUAAGAGGACGUAUGAGUAUCGGCCUGAUCAAGGACUGCCACCUGUUGUGCCUUUACCGAUCUUGGAUGCAAGCUACGAUUCUGAUGAAGCCGACUAUUUCGUUCCCAAGUCUCGUACACCCGUCAAGCGACACCAAAGUCCGAGGCCGAAGGUCGAGAGUCCACUUGGGUUGAAGAAGGAGGACGCGCAUGUCGAUGUUCAUAUCAAGACCAAAAAGGAGGAGAUAGAAGGUCGACAACUCAUGAUAUCAGGGGUGGACACCAAGAUCGAGACCGAGCCCAAACCGCUUCCCAAAGAUUGGGCCCGGGAUUUGGGCUUGCAACCCGUUAUACUAUCCUUCCCACCUUACGGAAAGCAUGCUCAAGGAUCGACGAGGCGCACAAAAACGUACCUUUGGUUGUUCCCUUCACCGUCUGGACUGGUCAGACCGUAUCAGGUGUGUGGGGAUGCAUAGCCUGGACAGCUCUGCUUCGUCGCAGCUCACCCUCUCGGCGUCGUCUUUGCAGCUUCCGGACAAGAUCGAUAUGCAUGUUCGACUGCGAGAAACAAUUCAAGCUGUCAAGAGAGGCGAUGACCCCUUCGCAGACUUUCGACGCGCAGGAGGAGAGGUGCAUGAGUAUCUUGCUGAGAUGAUCAUGGGUGGGGAAGAGUUGGCAUGA